AUAUUGCGAUAUAAAAAACAAAUCGAUGGAUUGGUUAUGUGAGCGCGCUAUUUUGACCCCCAAAAAUGACAGGGCAGCUGUGAUUAAUGAAAUUCUUCUUAAAUCAUUUAAGGGGACAGAAAUGGAGUAUAAGUCUAUAGACAUGGUACUGACGACAGAUGACGCAGUUCACUAUCCUGUGGAGUUCCUCAACACACUUAAUCCCCCUGGUUUUCCAUUACAUAAAUUAUUCUUUAAAAUAGGAACUCCAAUUAUGCUGUUGCGAAAUCUUCAUCCACCCAAACUCUGCAAUGGUACUAGACUGUGCGUGAAAGCACUCCAAAACAAUGUCAUUGAGGCAACAAUAAUUAGUGGUUGUGCUCAAGGAGAAUCAACGUUUAUACCGUGUAUACCACUUUUAUCAUCAAACUAUCCAUUCGAAUUUAAAAGACUGCAGUUUCCUAUCAAGGUAUCUUUUGCAAUGAUUAUAAAUAAGUCGCAAGGGCAGUCAUUGAAGAUAGCAGGAAUUGACUUGAGUGAUGACUGCUUUACGCAUGGGCAAUUUUAUGUGGCAUGCUCCAGAGUUAGUUCACCUACAAUCUUAGUCAUUCUUGCCCCAAACGGAAGAACAACCAAUGUAGUCUAUAAGGAGGUGCUAUAAUAAUAAUAAAAAAAUAAUAACAAUAUUC